AUGUCACUACUUGCCGUGGAGGGUACUGGCGUUACUUGGGAGACAAUUGUUCUCUGGAAUCCAGCCAUCAGAGAAUUCAAAUCUCUUCCUUCGUCCCCCGUUGAGCGCCCACCUACUGAAAAUCUUUACAUGUAUGGAUGCAUUGGAUUUGGUUUCGAUCGAAAUACCAACGAUUACAAGGUACUUAGAGUUGUUACUGAUGAUCAUUACCCUCCCGAACACCAUCAAAUCGAAUUAUAUUCUCUAAACAGUGACUCUUGGAGAGAAAUCCCUGAUGUUUCUUUCGAUCAUUAUCAUAUUAAUUCUUUCGAAACAUACAACAAUGGAGUUUAUUAUUGGUGGGCCUAUGACAACAUUGAUCAUCUGAUCAUGUCUUUCGACUUUGCAACUGAAACUUUUGAGAAGUUGCCACUACCUGAUUGUGAGGGUGCUUGGGUUGAGUAUGCACAGGAAACAAUGUAUGGAGUACUUGCUAUUAGGUAUGAUUACCAUAAAGUACUUUGCACCUUUAAUGGAUUGCCUGCAGUUAUAUUUUCCCCCAUACAGGCUACAGAGAAAUUGUUUGAUAUAUGGGUGAUGACUGAACACGGAGUUAAAGAGUCUUGGGUUAAACAAAUGAGUAUUGGACCCAUUUCAGGUGUUGAGAAGCCCCUGGGAUUUUGCAAGAAUAAUGGAAUGUUUUUCGAAGACUCCAACAAGCAGCAAGUCUUGUAUGAUUCUAAUACUCAGGAGCUUAAGAAUCUUCAGUUCCAUGGCUUCCAAAUGAGUCAAGGUGGAUUGAAAGUUGCAAGCUAUGUGGAGAGUCUUGUUCCAAUUCAUGGUGUAGGAGAGGAUGAUGAUGAACCUCUCAUUAUGUCUUGUUAUAGGGAACUUCUCUUCCUUGAUCUAUUGCAAGCUCUAUGA